GCGCUAGAGCAGAAGUGAGCACGCGAGCACUGCGGAGCGACGCGCGCAACGCUACAUUCCUCGUCGGACAGCGGGCAUCAUUUAUUGAUUAAGACAACAGUGAGCGGAUGUUUGAAGCCGUUAGGAGGCGAUUUUUUUGUGUAGCCUUCAGAAAAAUACUCGAGGGAAGCUGAGAAUAUUUCCAACGGAUGCUCGUUUACAUAUAGACACCUGAAACGCUGCGUACCACUUUAUAUGCCUUGGAGACAUCCAGGGGCAUCUGACAGCAUGGCACACAGCAAGUAAGAGAAAGAAAACAAGACAAAGAGAGAGACAAGGAUAGAGAAUGAGAAGGGAUGAUGUCUCAGUAGAGCUCCAGUUUCCUUCAGCUCCCCCUGGUAAGAGAGCCCAGUCCUUCAACUGUACCUCCACUGCUUGAUCCAAAAUGGCUGCCACCAAAAGCGGUUACGAGGGCAAGAUAGCCGGCCUAUAUGACCUAGACCGCACACUGGGCAAAGGCCAUUUCGCCGUGGUCAAACUAGCCCGUCAUGUAUUCACAGGCCAAUUAGUAGCAGUCAAAGUGAUCGACAAGACAAAGCUUGAUGACUUAGCGACUGGCCACUUGCUUCAAGAAGUCCGCUGCAUGAAACUCGUCCAGCACCCCAAUGUAGUGCGACUCUAUGAGGUCAUCGAUACGCAGACCAAGCUGUACCUCAUCCUAGAGCUGGGCGACGGAGGUGACAUGUACGAUUACAUCUUGCGUCAUGAAGGAGGGGUGGCUGAAGACAUGGCGAAAGUGCACUUUGCGCAGAUCGUACGAGCAAUAGCCUACUGCCAUCGUCUGCACGUUGUCCACAGAGAUUUGAAGCCGGAGAAUGUGGUGUUCUUCAGGCAGCAGGGGACGGUGAAGCUGACAGAUUUCGGCUUCAGUAACCACUUUCAGCCUGGGACAAUGUUGAUGACCAGCUGUGGUUCACUGGCAUACUCUGCCCCAGAAAUACUGUUAGGUGAAGAGUAUGAUGCUCCAGCAGUGGAUAUCUGGUCACUGGGUGUGAUCCUCUAUAUGCUAGUGUGUGGACACCCACCCUUUCAAGAGGCCAAUGACAGUGAGACCCUCAUCAUGAUCAUGGACUGUCGCUACACUGUGCCAAACCACGUCUCUCCAGAAUGCAAAGAUUUGAUUUCACAUAUGCUGCAGAGGGAUCCUGUUAAACGGGCAUCUCUCACAGAGAUAGAGAGUCACCCUUGGUUGCAGGGUGUUGACCCUUCGCCUUCCGGGUACACAGCCGCCCCGCUUACCUCCCACCACAGCUUGUUACCUGAGGAGCACGAGUUCAUAUUGCAAGCCAUGACCAGUGGCAGCAUUGCUGACCGAGAUGCCAUCCAGGAAGCACUGGAGGCUGACAGAUAUAACCACAUCACAGCUACGUACUACUUGCUGGGAGAACGACUCCUUCGAGAAAAGCAAGAGCAGCCAAGUCCCUCUCCUGAACAAAGACAUACACAGAGACCCAUGUCAGAACCCCUGGACUUGGUGAGCCAAGUGCCCCGGACUGAUACACUAAGAGGAACACCUCUAGGUCCCUUAGCGCCUCUCGGUUCCUUGUCUUCCGGCUUUGUCCGACGUGGUGUGAGUGAGUCUGGGGACUUGCUUGCUCCCAAACCCAACCAUCAUGACAACUCCUUCAGUGACUUUUGCAGCACGGCUCCAUGCUUGAGCCUCAGUCUGCACCCUCUACCUCCGGACCAACCUACUGUCAAGAGCCUUGGAGCCUUACAGCAGAUCUGCGAGGAAGAAGAGGAUGAGGAUGAUGAAAAUGAGCAGAACAGGGAUGAGGCGAAGCUUGAGGUGGCACCAGGUAAAUUGGAUCCUCUUCCUUCAACAGAUCUCCUGUUAAAACCUUCUAGAACUUCUUUGCAAUCAGAGACUCAGAAGAGAACAGGGAGGCCGUCUUGUAAAGUGAUGAGAAACUGUGAAACUGUGGCUGAGGAGGAGGAACUUGAGGAAGGGUCGGAAAUCAUAGAAGAGCAGAAGCCUUUGGAUUCAGUGUCUAACAUCACUUCUGGCACCAUGGAACAUCAAGUACAGAUGUCCCCAAACACUGAAGCCCAUGUGGAAGAGUUAAACCACACAGAGCAACCAAGUAGAGGAAAGGACAAGGGUGUUUUCACCCACCCUAGCUUGUCUUUAGUUGAGCAAGAAGAAGAACAAAUUCAAGGUCCAAAUAUAAAUGGACCUCCACCACCUCCCAGACUGGAUGUUGUACAGUGCUGCUGGGGACAGCGUGAACCUUCAAAGGACACUCUAGAAAACAACAAUAACACCCUAGCCAAAUCUCGACUGCUUGAAGUUGGGGUAGUGUCAACCGCUUGUGAUUCCCCAAGGUCCCUGCCAAGGAACCACUGUGUGGACCUGGGUCCUGAUGGGGUGGAGAUGCGUAAGACUGCAGGUGAAGUUGAAAAACCUGAGGAGGUACAACCUAAACCUCAGAAAGGCCUCCAGGAAACCAGGGACACAAAUAUUGACCCUGCUAUCCGGGCUGAUCCCAGCAAGGUUAAGAACGUAAACUUGCGAGAAUGUCUGCUGCAGUUCCCGCUCUGUGAGAAAGCCUUGUCCUUCAACAUUCAGCCCACCUCUAAAGAGAAGCUUCUCCCAUUUGCACAGUACAACUGCUGCCAUGUGUUGUAGAGAUUGUAAUCCGAGAUCAAGGAACAAACUGAUAUCAACAGAAACCCUCCAACCUCUACAACCCUGCAACUCUCUGGAGUUGUUCAGACAAUAAAAGAAAAAGUGUGUUCUCACCUCAUACUGUAACCUCAGAGGUGCUUUUCCACACAAUCUACUUAUUGUAUAUCUUUAUUUUCUUUCCCUACCCAGCAUUCCUUGCUACUUUCCUGUAUAACAGUUAACCUCUUGGCAAUGCUGUGUAUAUGAACACCUGUAUCUACUGACACUGCUCACUAUAUUCUGUGCUAUCUUGCUAGCGUAGAAGCUUUAAUUCAAUAACUUGUCAUUUUGCACUGUAAUAUCAAUAAGAGUUCCACCGAGUUUAGUCAUAUCACUAAGCGAGUGAGUGAAGACCAUGCUUCAGAACAACACAUAAGAAGCCAACACAAAAACAGAUGAUAAACAAUCACAGCAGUGGAUGUUUAGACUCAAGAACUAGCCGUUCAGUCUGUGUAGUAGUCCUGACAAGUUUUUUGUUUUCAUUUGGUUUGUUUUUGCAGGCAACUGUGAGGCAACGGUCUUUACUCUGAACUUUUAAGAAGCUGCAUGCUGUGGCAUUGUUGAAGUUGUUCCCACACCACUGUCUCAUGCUAGCAUGUUUGCUAGCAUCUUUACCCUCAGGCAGUGGGGCAGGAAGCAGAAGACGUCGCCACAUUGAUACAUUGAUACAGUUUGGGAGCAUGGUUAUGAGAGCAUGCUAAAUCAGAACAGCUUAGCGUAGCAUUAGCAUUUUGUGAGCGGGGGACUGAUCAGGGAAAGAUGCUAAGUAUAUCUGUGAUAUAUUUUCAAAAAAACAAGAAGAGGGAUCGAACAGAGAUUAUUCUGAGGUUAUGACGAGAGACUUUUUGUGAAAUGGACAUAAUAUUACACAAAACAGAAGACUGGUCUUCCUGGAGCUAUAUUUUGGAGUUUGUUUUAAAACUGCUAAUUCUUUUAAUAUGAAUUAAUAUUUUGAAGCUGUUAUCAAGUAUUAGAGAGUUAUCAAGGGUUUUUUUGGAAAGAUGUUGACAAAGACAUUUUUUCUUUUCUUUUCUUUCUUUUUUUACAUGAGAUAUGAGAGGGAGAUUUAUAACAUAACAUUCUGUUUUUUUUAAUCAUCUGCCUCUGGGUGCACCUUUAACAUGCAUUGUAAGGGGAUUUGAAGCUGUUUGAAAUAUCCAGUCAUGUACAAUGUGUACAUAUUUUGACCCUUGCACCGUAUACAUACCAAGCAUAUCAACCCACCAUUUUAGAUCUUAUUCAGUGAACGUAGCAGUUUGAAAACACUAGUUGACUGACAAAAAGGUCAUAUAGUUUCUUGUGUCAUAUUUGUAAAUACAUUUGAAGAGCUGUAUGCUAACGUAACGCUAAAUAGCGUAGCUGAGUCUAGCUUAAAAUGUACUGUACAUUGACAAAAUCCAGUCUUCGUAUGUUGCAAUGGCAUGAGUGAAGCUAGCGGUUACUGUUGUUUUUACCUCCUAAACAGC